UUAUCUCUCUCUCUCCUAAAUUGUCUUUGGCUUUAUCCAUCCAAUUGCUAUGGAUUUGAUAACCUCGACGACAACUAAAUCAUCAUCGUCAUCACCAUGUCUGGUUUCUUCUCACUAACUAACACAAAAUCAACAAACCAGCAACAACAACAACCACCUGAAGAGAUCUAUAACAACAGAGGCUUCGAACUAUGGCAUCACCAACAAUACUGCAACCGCAACAACGACGAUGAUCCAUCUCCGCCGUACAGAUCGACUGAUUUCUCCAUGAGGGCCGCCGGCGCCGGCGGAGGAAGUAGUAGUAAUAGUAGUAGUACUACAAUUAAUUGUCAAGACUGCGGUAACCAAGCAAAGAAAGACUGUUCUCAUCUCCGGUGCCGGAGUUGCUGCAAGAGUAGAGGAUUUGACUGUCAAACUCAUCUUAAGAGCACGUGGGUUCCAGCAGCUAAGCGACGGGAUCGUCUUCAACAACUUAGCUUGAUGAAGACGACGACCGAAGAAGAUCAUACCCAUCAAAUUCAUCCUAAAAGGUCCAGAGAACAUAAUACUGCAGGUCAUAAAGAUAAGGGUUGUCAGAUCCACAUCUUUUUUAUAAUUAUUAUUUGUAGAUUUGAAUUAGGGUUUCAAUUAUCUUCUUAUAAUAAUUAUUAGGUUUAGAGAUGAGUAAC